AUGUCGCCCAUCGCAAUUGAAACCCAAGACACGAACGUCGCUCCCAAAGACGAUUCCGUCUAUCAUGCCGCAUCCACCGAGGCCGCAAUCGCGGCUGAGCAUGACUAUGCUGCCCACAACUACCACCCUCUGCCCAUCGUCUUUGCAUGCGCGUCAGGUACCUCUGUGUGGGACCCCGAGGGUCGUCAUUACCUAGACUUUCUGUCCGCAUACUCCGCUGUCAACCAAGGUCAUUGUCAUCCCGAACUGGUCAAGGCUUUGGUGGACCAGGCAUCGAGGUUGGCCCUCAGCUCACGCGCUUUCUACAACGAUGUCUUCCCCAAGUUCGCCGAGUUCGUGACCAAGUUCUUUGGUUUCGACAUGGUCCUUCCCAUGUGCACCGGUGCCGAAGCAGUUGAGACUGGUAUCAAGAUUGCCCGAAAAUGGGGCUACAAGGUCAAGGGAAUUCCUGAGAAUCAAGCAAUUGUGCUUAGUGUUGAGAACAAUUUCCACGGUAGAACCUUUGCCGCUAUUUCCAUGUCUUCAGAUCCCGAGUCCCGUGACAACUACGGUCCAUACCUGCCCAACGUCGGACACUGUAUCCCCGGAACCAACAAGCCAAUUGCCUACAACGACAAGGCUGCCCUGCGGGAGGCCUUUGAAGCUGCUGGCUCUAACCUAGCUGCUUUCUUGGUUGAGCCGAUCCAAGGAGAAGCGGGUAUCGUUGUCCCAGACGAUGAUUACUUGCAGGAGGCUCGCGCCCUUUGCGACAAGCACAAUGUGCUCCUCAUUUGCGAUGAGAUCCAAACAGGUAUUGCCCGUACUGGAAAACUUUUGUGCCAUGAGUGGAGCGGUAUCAAGCCCGAUCUUGUCUUGCUUGGAAAAGCCAUUUCAGGAGGAAUGUACCCUGUUUCGUGCGUGCUUGGCCGCAAGGAUGUGAUGCUCACAAUUGAGCCUGGUACUCACGGUUCGACUUAUGGUGGUAAUCCAUUGGGUUCUGCCGUCGCCAUUCGCGCUUUGGAGGUCAUUCGCGAUGAGAACAUGGUGCAACAUGCCGAGAAACUUGGUCAUAUCUUCCGUGACGGACUGAAGGCGCUCAACAGUCCUCUGAUCCAGACUGUGCGCGGAAAGGGUUUGCUGAACGCCAUCGUCAUUGACGAGAGCAAGACAGGCGGUCACUCAGCCUGGGACUUGUGCAUGUUGAUGAAGAGCAAGGGAUUGCUUGCCAAGCCAACCCACGAAAACAUCAUUCGUCUCGCACCUCCACUGGUCAUCACGGAAGCCGAGAUUAAGAGCGCUCUUGAUAUCAUCAAGCAAUCUCUCGAAGAACUCCCCACACUUUCUGGCAAGAAAGAAGAUGAAGUCAUUCCUCCUCCAGAGAAAAAGGUCAAGAUCGGCGUCGAUAACUAG